AUGGCCCACUCUUCAACUGCAUCAUCCCCACGUCAGUCAACUGUUCCAUCCAACGUCCCUCUCAAAAUCUCUUGCUCUUCUACCAGCCCUUCAGCACAAACCCUAGUCACGAUCCUCAAUAUCAUGGACCCAAACUCUAACCCCAACUCACAACCUGCUGAUGAGCAAACCGGACAAAGCCCUGGCGGCAACCGUCCUGAUGAAGAACCUACUGCCCCCUUGCUAUCCCCUCCCAUGGGGCUCCCACCAACCGCGCAGUCGUUCGAAGAGACCACACCAGCGGACGCUCCACCUCCUCUUGCUGAGCAUGAGGAGGCAGGAGUUUGGACGGAACUGCCUGCCGGAUUUGAUGGUCACACCGCCGCCCUUUUUGACCGUCUGCAAGACGGACUCAUUGUACUUGACUUCGACAACGAUCGAGUCGCCCGACUCCAAGAUCUUGGCACGAAUCUUGCACCUCCCAACGAGGCCUUUGCCUUGAUCCGCCAACUUGAAGCACUGCCUGAGUUCCGCGAACCUUCUGAAGAUCACCUCUUAGACGCCUGGCAAGAUGUUAUGCAGACUCUCUCCCCUGAGCAUCAAAUUGUGCUCAGAGAUCUCGCAAACGACACCCAUCGGGUCCUUGAGGAGCUGGAUGAAAACCCAAAUCUCACCAGCAUGACCGCCGACGAGAUUAGUGCGAUCAGGAACAAUCUGGCGGAGAUUCGCCAGAACGCCGCUAGAUUACCGGCAGAAACUCAAGAACUUCUCACUGAGUGGUUCGCAGAGAUAGACGCGGACACCGCGCGUCUGCUCCGCAUCCCUGCCCAGGUUGCAUCGGCAAGACAAUCGGUAGUCACACUCCUCGACAACUUGGUCAACACAGAUCGGGAGGCAGUAGUAUCAGAUGCCCCCGUCAAUAGCUCCCCGCAGUGCCCAGUGUGCUUCGAGGAUUACAUCGAAGGGGAUGUUGUUGUGCUGCUACCAUGCCAUCCAUCGCACCAUUUCCACCGGGCAUGCAUUCAUGACUGGCUGCAAGCCCUCCUUCCCCACCCCUUUACUUGCCCAACUUGUAGGGCCCCUAUCCUUGUCCCCACGGCACCCGUGCCUGACCCACAGUAA